AUGUCAUCUGUGGUUGUUAAAAUGAUGAUUAGACCUUCACUUAGACUCUUUUCUAAAUCAUUGUCAUUGACAAGAGUAUCAUCAAGAGGAUUCUUUACUAAUAAGCUCAAUAUUAGCAAAGCUUUUUCUUUCGGUAAACAGUUCUCAACCUCUGUUGCAUCCGAAUCUAGUAAACUUCUACAAGUAGUUCAAGGAGAGAUUCAUCAUGAAACAUCGAACUAUGAAGCGCCAAACUUAGUUAAGGACUACUUAUCUAAAUCAGGCUGGAAAUUCGUCGAGAAGGACGGGGAUGUUAACAUGACUCUGGAGAAGAAAGUUGGAGACCUCACCGUCACAGUCGACUUUCAACUGGUGUCGCCAUUCGAGGCAGAAGGGGACGGAGAAACCCAGGCCGAAAUGACAGACUUCUCAGUUACCGUGGAGAAUCCAGCAGGCCAGGGCGUGACGUUCUUCUGUAGCACACUGCAGAACGACGAGAAGUUCCGCUACAUAAUUUGUAACGUGAGAAUGUACUCAGACCUGGACGCGAAGAACUCAGUGUCAAGCUACAACGGACCGGAGUUUGAGGACCUGGAUGACACACUACAAAGCAGCUUCGAUGAAUGGCUGGCGAGCCUGGGUGUGGAUUCGGAGCUCUGCGACUUCAUAGACGCCUGCAGCAUUGACAAGGAGCAGAGAGAGUACAUGGUGUGGCUUAAGGGACUGGAGAAAUUCCUGUCAUCGAAAUAA